UGACGGGGACGCCGUACGGAGAUACGCCGCCCGCGGUGGCGACGAUCGAUGCACGCUCGAAACGCACCAAGCUGACCCGGUUUUACAUCGAGGGAAACGUGGAGAUGGAAAAGAAGACGACGCGGGCGAGAGCGGGACGAGCGAACGACGCCGAUGGGCACCUGCGAUACGCGCUCGGGGACGCGCUGACGAAUGAGUACAAGAUCAUCUCUUUGCUCGGCGAGGGGACUUUCGGUAGGGUUUUGGAAUGCUGGGACGCGAUAUCCGAGCGACGCUGCGCGAUCAAGGUGAUUCGAAACGUACAAAAGUAUCGCGACGCGGCGAUGGUGGAAAUCGAAGUCUUGAAGACGCUCGCCGAGGGCGACGCGUCGCGGAGGGAUGGCGAACGGUUCAAUUGCAUCGCGCUCAGGCGGGCGUUCGAUUAUCAAGGACACGUGUGCAUGGUGUUUGAUAAGUGCGGACCGAGUCUGUAUGACUUUUUGCGAUCGAAUCGAUACAAGCCAUUUCAUCCGAAGACGGUGCAGAGCUUUUGCGAGCAGACGCUCGUAGCGGUGCGAUACUUGCACACGCUCGGACUCGUGCACACGGACUUGAAGCCCGAGAAUAUUCUCUUGAUGUCGAGUUCGUACCUCGAAAACGCCACGUAUCGCGUCCCAGUCGAUCAUACGAUUCGCUUGAUUGAUUUUGGGAGCACGACGUUUGUCGAACGGCAUCACAGCGCCGUAGUAUCGACGCGACACUACCGCGCCCCUGAAAUCAUUCUUGGCCUCGGUUGGUCGUAUCCGUGCGACAUGUGGUCCAUCGGAUGCAUAAUGAUCGAGCUUCUCACGGGUGAAGCGUUAUUUCAAACCCACGAUAACCUCGAGCACUUGGCCAUGAUGCAACACGCCCUCGAAAGCGCCAUCCCCGUCGCCGUCGCGAGACGCGCGCCCAAGGACAAGCACAGCGAGUUUUUCACGACCAACGGAUCGUUGAAUUGGCCAAAUGAUCAAACUGACAACGAGUCGUACGCCGCGCUCGGGAAAACGGGCAUCGUUCGAAACUUGAUCGACAAGCAGCUCGCGGGCGAGGCGCGAGAGUUGUUUUACGAUUUGAUUAGUCGCUUGCUCAAUUUCGACCCCAAGCGACGCUUGACGUCGAAUCAGGCGGUGGCUCACCCAUUCUUUUCAGUCAAUCUCGAUCAGAUGGAUUGGAAGAUCAACACGCGCAACGGUAGUCAACUACGACCGAAGAGUCUGGAGAAGUCGCGCUCGUGAGGGCUCGCGCCCCACCAAAGCACGCACACACGCACGCACGCACGCACGCACGCACAGCUCGCAGCAUAAUUGCGCAGCACAUACGGCUAGAAUCUU